AUGUCCUUCUGGGGCUGCGUCGUGGCGCCCGGCGCGCCCAAGAAGGUGGAGACGCGGGCGGGGGAGCUGCUCCACUUGUCGCAGGCCUGCCUGGACCCGGCCACGCCGGCGGGCGCCUCCGGCACGGUGCUGGUGGAGCAGGGGGGGAAGAGCUACGCGCUCGCGUGCCUGCGGGAGGGCGGGCAGGAGUUCUGCCCGCUGGACCUCUUCAUCGACUCGGCGGAGGCCAAGCUGCUCGUCAAGGGCAAGGCCACGGUGCACCUCACCGGCUACUACGAGUCGGACGAGAUGGACGACGAGGAGGAGCCCGCCGCGGAGAAGGCGGCGGCGAAGCCCGCGAAGGCCGAGGCGAAGAAGGAGGCGGCGAAGCCCGAGGCGAAGAAGGAGGCGGCGAAGCCCGAGGCGAAGAAGGAGGCGAAGGCCAAGGCGGAGGCGAAAGCAAAGGCGGCGGCCGACGAGGACGAGGAGGAGGAGGAAGAGGAGGAGGAAGAGGACGAGGAAGAGGAGGAGGAGCCUGCGGCCGCGCCGAAGAAAGCGGAUGCCAAGAAAGAGGCGGCGAAACCGGAGGCGAAGAAGGAGGCAAAGGCUAAGGCGGAGGCGAAGGCCAAGGCUGCUCCCGCUGCGGAGGAGGACGACGAGGAGGAGGAAGAGGAGGAAGAGGAGGAGGACGAGGAGGAAGAGGAGGAGGCUGCGCCCAAGAAGCCAGAAGCGAAGAAGCCAGAGGCGAAGAAGCCCGAGGCGAAGAAGGAAGCCGCCAAGAAAGCACCUGCAGAGGAAGAUGGUGAUGACGAGGAGGAGGAGGAGGAAGAGGAGGAAGAGGACGAGGAGGAGGAAGAAGAGCCAGCACCGAAGAAGGGAAAGGAGAAGGCUGAUGCCAAGGAAACGCCUAAGAAGAAGGCUGCUCCAGCCGAGGACGAGGACGAGGACGAGGAGGAAGAGGAGGAAGACGAGGAAGAGGACGGCUCCGGUGACGAUGGAAGUGACGAGCCUCCGAAGAAGAAGUUCAAGGGCGACAAGGGCGGCGGCAAGGGACAAGGGCAAGGGCAAAGACAGGGGCAAGGGAAAGGGCAAGGGCAAGGACCCGACAAGGGCAAGAAGGGCGGUGGCAAGGGCAAGAAGGGCAAGGGGAAGAAGUGA